CGCCCAGCCGUGAUCCGGCGGGGGGGCCGGGCCCCCGGGAGGGGUGGAGGGCAGAGGGCGGCGGCAGCAGUGGCCGCACAUCUGGAUGGAAGCGAGCUUUGUCCAGACCACCAUGGCUCUGGGGCUGUCCUCCAAGAAAGCGUCUUCCCGGAACGUGGUCGUGGAGCGCAGGAACCUGAUCACCGUGUGCAGGUUCUCUGUGAAAACGCUGCUGGAGAAGUACACGGCGGAGCCCAUCGAUGACUCCUCAGAGGAGUUUGUGAAUUUCGCGGCCAUUUUGGAGCAGAUCCUCAGCCACCGUUUCAAAGCCUGUGCCCCAGCAGGUCCAGUGAGCUGGUUCAGCUCGGAUGGGCAGCGGGGCUUCUGGGACUACAUCCGGUUGGCCUGCAGCAAAGUGCCCAACAACUGCGUGAGCAGCAUUGAGAACAUGGAGAAUAUCAGCACUGCGCGAGCCAAGGGCCGUGCAUGGAUCCGGGUGGCGCUGAUGGAGAAGCGCAUGUCGGAGUACAUCACCACGGCUCUGCGGGACACCCGGACCACCAGGCGGUUCUAUGACUCCGGCGCCAUCAUGCUGCGGGAGGAGGCCACCGUCCUCACCGGGAUGCUGAUCGGGCUGGGCGCCAUCGACUUCAGUUUCUGUCUAAAGGGUGAAGUCCUGGACGGGAAGACCCCCGUGGUCAUCGACUACACGCCCUACCUGAAGUUCACCCAGAGCUACGACUACCUGACGGACGAGGAGGAGCGGCACAGCGCCGAGAGCAGCACGAGCGAGGACAACUCGCCCGAGCACCCGUACCUGCCGCUCGUCACCGACGAGGACAGCUGGUACAGCAAGUGGCACAAGAUGGAGCAGAAAUUCCGCAUCGUUUACGCGCAGAAGGGCUACCUGGAGGAGCUGGUGCGCUUGCGCGAGUCGCAGCUGAAAGACCUGGAGGCGGAGAACCGGCGGCUGCAGCUGCAGCUGGAGGAAGCGGCGGCGCAGAACCAGCGCGAGAAGCGGGAGCUGGAAGGCGUGAUCCUGGAGCUGCAGGAGCAGCUGACAGGUCUGAUCCCUGGUGACCACGCCCCCCUGGCUCAGGGUUCCAAGGAGCUCACCACGCCCCUGGUCAACCAGUGGCCCUCGCUGGGGACGCUCAACGGGGCGGAGGGCGCCAGUAACUCCAAGCUGUACCGGAGCACCCCACUCUGCCCCAGACACAGCUUCAUGAGCACGGAGCCGCUGUCCGCGGAAGCCAGUCUGAGCUCGGACUCCCAGCGCCUGGGAGAGGGCAAGCGGGAUGAGGAGCCCUGGGGCCCCAUCGGGAAGGACCCCACGCCCUCCAUGCUGGGCCUCUGCGGUUCCCUGGCUUCCAUCCCCAGCUGCAAGUCCCUGGCGAGCUUCAAAUCCAACGAGUGCCUGGUGAGCGACAGUCCCGAGGGCAGCCCGGCACUGAGCCCCAGCUGAGGAGCGGCGUGGGCGGGGCCAGCUCAUGGACACCUGUCACCUGUCCUCGAGCCCCCCAACCCAGGACGCCCCCCCAGAGAACGCUGCCACCCAGCUGGGGGCCUCUUGCCUGUUCUAGCUCCCUGUGCAGGAAGGCGGGGCUGCAAAGGGACGCUGGCUGGGCCUGGGGGGCCUCGGGGAGCCCCUAGGGAGGCUGCUCUGCUACUCUGGCGACCCCGUGCCUGGCUGGCCCCCUGCCGGACUCUCCUUGUCUCAUCACCCAGAACCGGAGGAGCUGGUGGCCCCACCUCGGCACCUCCCCUCCCCCAUGCCCCGCCUGUCCCUUGGAGUCACUUCUUCCUCAGCCCCCGGAGUCGGGGCUCAGGAGGGAACCAGGCAAAUAAAAAGCAGAGGA